AUGUGGCACGAGCUUUUAGAGGACACCUUGCCACCGGACAAGCGGCCUCUCUUACAGGCCUCCUGGGAACGUGCGGAAAGCCCUUCCGAGCGUUACAUGCUCUUCUUAGAGUAUAGCAGCUACUUGAGAAAGCAAGAGGUCUCUGAAGAGGAGAAAGAAGAGAGAAGGAAGCAGCUGGAGCCUCUUUUGAAACAAUAUGGCCUUGACAAAGAAGAGUCGGACGAAAGCUCCUGGACCUGGAUGAUCAUGCUGUCCCUGCUGGCUCUCCUUGCAGCAGUGGUCUAUUACGCCAUGUUUCGUGCUGAGGAGAAGGAACAGCUUCUUUGA